GUGCACGUAGGAGUGCUCCAUCUCCAAUGUGUGAAUAUGAGCCAGUCUGGCAGCCUGGCUAAAGAGAGUGGAGAGGAUGCAGUUGCCAUGACAACGGGACUGUGCAUUCAUGAGCAAUGUUGGCUGGGAUUGGAUGAGAAAGACAGGCAGGGGCAGUGCUGGAGCAACCCUGGCAUCUAGGAUCUCUCCUCGUUCCACUCCGGAGAUCAGGAAAGUGAUAGAUCCACUCGUCUCACCGGGAGGCUUCCAAACCACAUCAGCAUCUUCCUAGAACACCGACAUCAUUAGCGUAACAUAAAAAGGAUCGAUCGAGUUCUACAUAAAUCCAGCAUGGCCACCAUCACCUGUACUCGAUUCUCUGAGGAAUACCAGCUCUUUGAAGAACUGGGCAAGGGAGCGUUUUCUGUGGUGCGCAGAUGCAUGAAGGUGCUGUCUGGCCAGGAGUACGCCGCCAAGAUCAUCAACACCAAGAAGCUCUCUGCUAGGGAUCACCAGAAGCUGGACCGGGAGGCCAGGAUCUGCCGACUGCUGAAACACCCCAACAUCGUGCGGCUCCACGACAGCAUCUCUGAGGAAGGACAUCAUUAUCUCAUCUUCGACCUUGUGACAGGCGGAGAACUCUUUGAGGACAUCGUGGCCAGAGAAUACUACAGUGAAGCAGACGCCAGUCAUUGCAUCCAGCAGAUCCUUGAGGCCGUCCUGCACUGUCACCAGAUGGGGGUGGUGCACCGCGAUCUGAAGCCGGAGAACCUGCUCUUGGCGUCCAAGUCCAAAGGAGCAGCCGUCAAGCUGGCGGACUUCGGGCUGGCCAUCGAGGUGGAGGGAGAGCAGCAGGCCUGGUUUGGGUUUGCCGGCACUCCCGGAUAUCUGUCCCCUGAGGUCCUACGCAAGGAUCCUUACGGCAAAGCAGUGGACCUUUGGGCCUGCGGUGUCAUCUUAUACAUCCUCCUGGUGGGCUAUCCUCCAUUUUGGGAUGAGGACCAGCACCGAUUAUAUCAGCAGAUCAAGGCUGGGGCCUAUGAUUUCCCAUCUCCAGAGUGGGACACUGUCACGCCUGAAGCGAAGGAUCUCAUCAACAAGAUGCUGACCAUCAACCCCGCAAAGAGGAUCACCGCCUCAGAGGCCCUGAAACACCCCUGGAUCUCACACCGAUCUACCGUGGCAUCCUGCAUGCACAGGCAGGAGACUGUGGAGUGCCUGAAGAAGUUCAAUGCCAGGAGGAAGCUGAAGGGCGCUAUUCUUACCACCAUGUUGGCAACGCGGAAUUUUUCCGGAGGAAAGAGCGGGGUCAGCAAGAAGGCCGACGGCGUCAAGAAAAGGAAGUCCAGUUCCAGUGUCCAGCUGAUGGAAUCGUCUGAAAGCACCAACACCACCAUCGAGGAUGAGGAUACCAGAGUGAGAAAACAGGAGAUCAUCAAAGUCACGGAGCAGCUCAUUGAGGCCAUUAGCAACGGAGACUUCGAGAGCUACGCGAAGAUGUGCGACCCCAGUGUGACAGCCUUCGAACCCGAGGCCCUGGGGAACUUGGUCGAGGGUCUGGACUUCCACCGCUUUUACUUUGAGAACCUGUGGUCCAAAAACAGCAAGCCGGUCCACACCACCAUCCUGAACCCCCACAUCCACCUGAUCGGGGAAGAGGCAGCCUGCAUCGCCUACAUCCGCAUCACCCAGUACAUCGACACCAACGGUAUGCCUCGCACGGCCCAGUCGGAGGAGUCGCGGAUCUGGCACAGGCGCGACGGCAAGUGGCAGAUAGUUCACUUCCACCGCUCUGGGGCCCCUUCUGCCAUAGCUAAGUAAGUUAUCAAGCUAAGAAAGUUCUCAGAGGAAAUGAGCGAAAAGCCUAUUUAUGACGCCAGUGAUCAGCUGACUGUCCGGGAGGGGGGCACUGCCCACCAGCUCGAGGAUCUGUACCCUCUGCUUCUCAUCUCUUACUUAAAUCGUGUUUAUUUCGCUGCUUGAUCCGUAUGAAUGAUGCUAUGGGAGUCGCACAUUUGAGUCACCAUGUAGAUGUAUAUACGAUAUUCACACAUAUCCUGUAUACAUACAGGCGCAUACAGUAGAUAUUGUUUCUUUGGCCUUUCUGUUUAGCUAUUUUAGUAGAACUUAAUACAGGCAUGAUUAUACAUUUAUAUGUUUUAUGGGUUUUUUUUUUUUCGAUCCAGGAAUCACUUUCAUUUCCUGACUCUACUGAAAGUAAACUUGCCUUUCCGCUGCUGUGGUUUUCACUCUCCAUAUAACCACACGGUAUCAACAGUGUGUUUGCGAUCACUUGAGGAACGUCUGGCAUCGGCCCAUUGCUUAGCGCUGGGCCUACCUGCAACACAUCAGUCGAGUGAGCCGUUCGGUCCAAAGAUAUUACAUUCUGUUCCUCUUUGUUGAAUGCGAGUACUGAAUGUGUCUAUUAAUUUCAGUGCAGAUGUACACACUUGAUAAUGGAUCUCAUUUUACUUUUAAACACAAUGACCUUCUUUUUUAGAUGCACAUUGCUCAUAAAUUAAUUUGUAGAGACACAAGUCAGUAGUCACUUAUUCUGAGAUAUAAUCUAUCGUACAAAAUAUGUUACAACGACGGUGUGAUAUCCUGUCCCAGACUAUGAUGCCGAUAAGCUCGAAAAAACACUGAAUCUCUUUGUGCGGAUAGAGGAUAGUUAUUAGAGCCACCUUAAAUUACUUUAUUCUUCCAGCUGACAAGCUGUACAACGAUGAGAGAACAUAUUUUGUUGCUUACAGUAGAUGGUGGUUUAAAGUUUAAAGCAAUUUAUAGGAGGCCAAACUGGAUUUUUUUGCAAUAAAAACACUGGUGUGUUUCCUUUAUGAAGUUUUAUAGUUUUCUUUCCUUAAUGAAGAGCAGAGGAGAUGUGAAUGUGUUCGCGUUAAAAUUGUCCACAAUUGCUUCUCUUUCCUUUUCCCACUUCCUGUUUAUCUGUGUCGUUUCAUAGUCACAAUUUGACUUUGAAAGUGGGAAAAAAAAACUUAUUUUGUUCUCAGAUCAGCUUGGCUGGGGGUGGGCGGAGAGAGCUUGUUUUGCAAAGGGUGAUGCGAACCAGACAGGCUAAAACGUAUGCGCUAAUGGAGAGAUACACAAGGCCACUGAGAAACUAGUGCUAAACAUUAUACAAGGCUCUAGGCCUGGUAGUAAUAUGAUGUCGGUGCAAAAGCGAGACAAAACUGAACAUUGGCAUUUAAUCACAUGACAAAAAUAAACCAAUGGCCUGACUUUGCACGAUAAUUCGAAAUCAAUGCAUUUGUCGAGCUAUUUAACUUCGGCAACCUUUUAUUUGGAAGCAAACCAGUUCAAAAUAGAGAGAGAGAGAGAGGAAAAAAAGCUUGAUUCAGGGAUUCUGUCUAAUAUGUGCUGCAUUUAUAUAGCAAGUACCAAACUGGGCCUUUGGGAAAGCUUAACUUUGAACCUCGUACAAAUAGUCCAGCUGGGUUUAAAGAGAUCCUGGGUUCAGUAUCAGAACUUCCGUCCGAUCGGCUUUCCUGAAUGUGCUCUUGUACUUCCUCAUGCCAGUGGAGGCCUCGUCAGACGUUCUGAGACGAUAUUACUGAGAUUUGAGAAUAUUUAUUGUUGAGAACUUGCGUAAAGGAUGCUUAAUAUUUUGUUUUAAAUUAAUUCAGUUGAUGCAUGCAGUUUGUACUGUGUUUGUUGAACUAAAGGGAUCAGAUACACCUUAAACUCAUGUAAAAUAUCUAGUAUUUAGUGCAGAUUGUGUAAAUACUACAGCACACUGUAGUGAAAAUUAUACUUUUUCCGUGUUUGAAAACUUUGUAUGUAUAUAAUUAUUGUACUGAUGCUUUACAUGUAUUUAAUGAAGAAUGGUGAACUUUAUAUGAAAAUAUUUUUAAUCUACACUGAAAAUGAUGUCAAAUUAAUAUACAGAAGGUAUCGGAGAAAAGGGAAGAUGUAGUUAGUGGAUAGAUUUUGAUUUUAAAGGUUAUUUCUGGGACCAAAAUAUUGCUUACGGCGUUGCUUCUGAGACGGAUGCCAUCGCCUUCCCUGCGCUUUCCCAUCAUCCUUUAGAAACUGAGUGACUUGCAAAAAAUAUGUACAAAAAUAUGUGCAUCAUCUAAAACCUGUCACUCUGCGCCUUCAGUACUAACCCUCCGUUCCUUAUCCCAUGUACCGCCUCCCCAACAGCCAUAACACACAACAAAGUGAUUUUAUGUGAAACAUACAGAUAUUCCAACAACCGGACAUGAAUAAUUGAGUUUCACUUCAGGUCACAUGGCAACCAUGCAAAAUAUUUGCACAAACCGCAGUCGAUUGCUCUACAAUUGUUAGCUUUAGCAUUAUUGACGUUAUUAUUGCCCAUGUGACUAAUAAGAAUAUUCCUGCACAACCCCCCCCCCCAAUCGCCCACAUAAUGCAUUCUUGUGCAAUAAAUAGACUGUACACCUUGUAACAUAAUUCCGCGAGCGGCCAACCUGAACAGGUUUUGUGAGCCUGGCACCAUGUUUACUACAACCUGCGGUUUUCGCUUAGAGCAGAAACACACUCAGACUAUAGGCUCUGAAUACUACUGAGGAGAUGCACAGUAAACAAUGUAACAGUAUUCUGCAUUAAUAGUUUUUGUGCUUUUGUCUUCUGUAAUUGCUGGUUUGAUCUGUAUCACGUUAGAAUGAUGGCUGGUUACUUAUUUAUUUCUUUAGUUUAAUUUGCCGCUUGUAUGUCUUUUAGUUUUUAAGAAAUAUCAGUGCCAGUAUUGAUACAAUAAACAUAAUGGUGUUUUCAUAAAUAAAAUUGUAUUUAUCAAUUACAAGAA